AUAACAAGUAAAACGUGCUACAAACUUGAAGGCUUACUCUUCCGUUUGGGGGAAGAAAAAUAAACUUACUAUCUCCGCGUGUAAUAACUUUUCUUCGUUCCUAUACCAGCAACAUUUUUUUCCAAUUAUAGACAUGUUAGUGACGAGAAGUGACAUUUAUUAUUAGUGUAAAAUAAAAAAGUGGAUAAAUAUCAUAAUUUCGGACGUUUUGUAGUUCGUUAUAUCGGGAAUGUGAUAAUUACUUCAAAUCUUUCUGACAUGACAGCUUCGUGUUAUGCUAGAUAUAUUUACAUUUUCAUUUUCUUGUCAACAAUUCAGAUUUAUGCAGGUAUGGAUAGAAACUGUUUGAAGGAAUUUCCUGCACCACCACCAUUGCCACCAUUCUCAUUAUGUGAUAGAAAACAGCAAACUACACAGAAGAAUACACCUAUCAGUACCAUACCAACAACUAGAGUGCCACCUUCACGUGCUACCACAAAACCGACUACAGAAAUGUAUACUUCACAUAUGACUUCAAAACCGACAACGGAAAUGUAUCCUACACAACUUACCACAAAAGCGACUACUGAUAAUCCAACUUCACAUAUCACCACAAAAUCAACAACACGGUCUACGUCAUGCAAAACAACACGUAAACCGAUAACUACGCGUCCCCCAUAUAGAACUUCAACACAUUGGUGGGAAUGGUUUACAUUUCGUCCGCCAAUGGUAAGAACAACCACAACCAUGCCACCAUGGUCUACUACAAAAUGGACGACAACGCCAAACCCGGCACAGAAAGACAGAUUCAUGCGCAUGUGGUGGUCCUGCGCAAGCGUGUACUACACCCACAGAGAUAUAUAUUCUUGCACAGUCAACUGUUAUUUCCGGCCGUGUAAUGGACGAGGCAACUCAAAAUGUUACAACAGUUGUGUCCCUUUUCGUAAUAACAGACGGCAUUAUGGACGGCGUAUUGUAGCGCCGACAACGGCUGCAAGUGUGUUUAAUGCUGUACCAACCCAGCUGUUUCCGACGUCCAGAUAUACUUCUAGUCCAAACAAUUGGUUUGGACAAAGUGAUUUUUUACCUAUUGACCUGUACUACAUCUCAAUGUUGUCUGAAUUAUAGCAGAUAUACAAUAAAUGUUUAAAUUCGUAAACAUAUUAAUAUCAAUUUUCUUGAAAAUUAUGACUUGGUUUUGCUCGAUUUCGAAACAAGUUCUUGCAACUUACAUUAAUCACAUUCGAGUCAACCAGUACUGGUGUCAUAUGAAGAAACAUGGUCGUGACCCAAGUAGGGCUCGAACCCAUGAUCCCUGGGUUGAGAGGCAGACGCCUUAACCAUUAGACCACCACGUACUCCCCCGAAAACUAUGGUAACUGUAAGCAGCAGUCAUAUGUAACCCUGGGAGAUAACACGGGGAAUGAUAAAAAUGUUUAACUCUCGUAUGUCCUCGCACAACCGGGUGAAUGCGUUGGUUUUGAUUGCCAAAGGGGACAAUUCUAACUCGAAUUGUGGGUACAUUUUGCAGGGAUUUCAUCAUAUUAUUUACUGUCCUUGGAUGUCGUUGUCAGUAGAAUAUUUUUAUUUGAACAUGUGUCAUAUCGAUGGCUCAGCGCAAUACUGGUCUAACUGCUAUUUUUGAAAAUGUUCAGAAGAGACAGAAAACUGAUUUAUUUCAUACAUGCUUAUAUUAGAAAACCUUUUUUUGCUAAGUUGACAUUAAUUAUAAUAAGAAAUAAUGCCAUUAAUAUAAAUUUUAAUUAAAAUAAUACAAAUUGUGUAUUUUAGAGUUAGACCUUUAUUACGCUGAAAUUCUGACUGCAAUACAAGACUUACUUGAGUUAGCCUCAAAUUCCCUAUUGAAAUUUGGUAAAAGUAGUACAAAUCUUUGAGUUAGAUCUGUUGUACCUUAAAUAUUUUCAUAUAAAUGAAAUUUUAAAUUUUGAACAAAAUAUUUCAUUAGUUUAAACACUGUUUAAAAUAUUCUGCAAGUCUGUAGCAGAAAUUUACAAAGACUAAAUCACUCAAUAUUUUCUAUUAAUAUAUCAUGCAAGCUGACUUUAGAUAAAAGUACACUUAUUUCUUCUUUUUCAAUUUGUUUGAGAUUCAGAUUUACUUAAGUUCUUUUUCAGAUUAUCUUGGCAAUAAGUUUUAAUUCUAAACAAAAUGCAACAGCCUUGAUUAAAUUUUGAUUAAAUUAUAGCGUUAUAAACAGUUGUCAUCAACAAUGAUGACUGACGAUGCAGGAAUACAUUAUGAUUCAAUUAUGAUAUCAUCAAAGUUUGAAGAGGGAAUUGAUAAGUCACAUUUGUACAAAUAAGACACAUUGUAAUUUCUCAGUGCACAACUUUAGCACCAUUGGUGCUUUGCUUCAAAUCAGGUGUGUGAUUCCAGUGCUACUGUUGUGCGCUAAAUCUUAAAGAAUUUAAUGUGGGUGGUUCUAUUUUCUUUUAUAUCAAAUAUUUUCAAAAAUGAAAACCAUUGUUUGACCAUGCUUUUAUUACAACUUUUGUAUUUAUUUUUUCAACUGCUUAGAAUAUAUUUUGAGAGUGUAAUGUGCUAAAUUUUACUACCUUUUUUGCUGAAAACAGUUAAAAUAGUUAAUAAAAAUGUUUCAUUUUAUAUAUCAAAGUAAUUUUAUCUUUUAAUUUUGACCAAAUAAGAGUUUGUCAAACAUAUUUAAGCCAAAUAAAGUAGGACAAUACAACCUACUAUCAGGGAUUCAUAAAAUAAAGAAUUAUUAACACAAUAUAAUUCAGAAUCAUUUUUGCGACGCCUCUGCAGAGUAGUGGCCCUUCUCCAUCCUCUGUGUGUCCGUCUGUCAGUCCUUCCGUCCGUCCGUCCGUCACAAAACUUGCCCGGACUACUCCUCAUAAACUACUGGUGCAAAUUUUCCAAACUUUAUAAAAGGUGGGUUUUUGUGUGCUGCCAGAUACACAAAAGCUUGUCCAGACUACUCAAAAACUACUGGUGCAACUUCAAUGAAGGUUUGAUUGGUAGGUCAAGUACUUGUGCAUAUUACACGGGUUUUCCACUUGAAUGAUUUUGGCCCAGUUAUGGCCAU